AUGCGAAUCGUUUUCCUUCUUUUGGUGCUUCUCCCUGUGGCCCUUUGUCACUACACACCUUACGAAGAUGACUAUAUCUGCAGAAGAUUGGUGAGAUUUUCAGAAAGUCAGACUUUAGAGCACUCAAAAAUAUUUAAAAAAUUACUUCACAAUCCAUAAGUAGCACACAACAAGAAGGUUAUGUAGUUAGAGCUUGAUUAUCACUGAUGUGUGGAUAGGAUCUUUUCUCAUAGAUCUGAGGCUCAAGCCGUACAGAGACGUGUGAAGAAGAUUUGAAUAGAUUUUUGUAUAAUCCUUCGAGCUGCCUUUGACGUUUUCGUAUCGUCUCUGAUUUUCUUCUUUAAAAGAUCAAUAAUCGAUCGAGUUUUUUUUUUGGAAGAUAUGAGAUUUUUAUAUAUUAGCGAAAAAGUUCUACUUGUGACUCAUAUUGAAAAUUCAGCCGCUAGAAAUCCCAGGCACUCAUCAGGACAUGAUGAGUCGAUACGUUCCCCUGAUGCGCCCGCUUCAAGUUGGCGACAGCAUCAUCGUCCGCGGCAGAUUGGGACCAGGAAAAGAACCUGAGAAGUCCAAUUCAAAACUCUCAUCUCUCUCAAAACCCGUGUUUCAGGAGAUUCUUCCUGGACCUCAAACUUGGAAAUUCGCAAAAUUACUACAAAACGCCAAGUUCCCUCCAUUUCAGCGCUCAGUUCGACACCAACAGGCUGUAUUUUGGGCGAUACGAUGUUAGUAUUUUAUUUCACCUAAAAUAUAGGCAAUUUAAAGAGCUUUAAGAAAUUAUUUUUUUAAACUGUCAUAUUUAUUUGUAGGGCCAAAACUGGUUUGAUAACUUCACAAUUGCGAACCCUUCAAUAAGGGACCGUUCAGCUUCAGAAUCGAGUGAGUUCUAAGCAACAGUAUUCAAAAAUAACAUUAUUUUAAAUGAAGUGUUCAAACCGACGGAUAUGCGGUCAGCAAAGGCGGAGUUUUCUUGGGAAAAUCCAAAGCCACCGCCUAUUCCAGCGUGAAGACCGUUUAUCUCGAGAACAUCAUUUUGGAUGAUGACGAGUUGGUUUUUCUUGAAUUUAUUGUUGCUUUUUGUUCUAAAAACCAUCAAUUAAGAUCGUGCAAGGAUGAGCCUAGAUGCGAGAGGCUCCACGGCGAAGGAAUGACCGUCAUCAUUGGCCAUUCGCGCGUCCAACACAUUCGUUAG